AUGACCGUCCCAGCCGCCCCGAAGGCUGGCAAAGGGACUUGUGGGGCAGCCCCACAAGCUCAGGUUCAUCGUCGGAGAGCGGCUUGGGAUUUAAAGGGGCAACUGAGCGACGUCCGGGCGGCCCUGGGGAACCAGAAGGAGAAAGCUCAAAGGUUGGAGGAGGAGAACGGGAAACUCAAGGAGAAGGUGGAGGAGAUGGAGGAGGCUCUGAGGGAGAGGGACGAGAGAGUGGAGGAGCUGGAUGCUGCUGUCAGCACCAUGAGCUCGGAGCUGGAACAGCGGCGUCAGGAGUCGGAGCUGAAGGGCCGGGAACUAGAGCGGCUCAAGGACACAGAGAAGGAGCUGAGGGAACAGCUGGGGGGCGCCAUGUCCCACAUUGGCCGUGAGCGUAAGGACGACGUGAGAUACGACUUCAGCUUCGACCGCGUCUUCCCCCCCAGCGCCAGCCAGGAGGAAGUGUUCCAAGAGAUCUCACUGUUAGUGCAGUACGAAUUCAAGGCCAGUUUCCUUGAGAUCUACAACGAGUCGCUGCGGGACCUGCUGAGCCCCCCCCCAAAUAACAACCAGGAGCUGCUGAUCCGACGCGUCAGCGCCGACAGCCACCAGCUGCACGUCCCCAACCUGCAGCGGGUCAGCGUGGCCAACGAGGAACAGGUCCUGGAUCUCCUCUAUAGGGCCUCGUCCCAUCGCUCCGUAGCCCGCACAGCGCUCAAUGAUCGCUCAUCCCGCAGUCACAGCAUCUUCCAGCUCCACAUCCAGGGUCACAACGCGGCCCGGCAGCUCAGCUGUUCCUGUGAGUCUAUUGGGGUCUCCAUCCCCUAUUGGGGUCCCUAUAAACCCACACCCCCUAUUGGGGUCCCUAUAAACCCCAUACCCCCCUAUUGGGGUCCCUAUAAACCCUAUACCCCCUUAUGGGGUCCCUUUAAACCCCAUACGCCCUUAUGGGGUCUCUUUAAACACCAUACCCCCCUAUUGGGGUCUUCUUUAAACCCCAUACCCCCUAUUGGGUCCCUAUAAACCCCAUACCCCCUAUUGGGGUCCCUAUAAACCCCAUA